AUGGACACUCUGGCACAUCCCAACGCCUACGCUCGUGCAUCCGAAACUGCACAGCACGUGCUAUCAAAACUCCCUGACACCCUGCAGAAGCCGAAAGUAGCAAUCGUCUGCGGAUCUGGUCUCGGAGGGCUAGCAGAUACGAUAGAGGCGGGGCCUAAGGUCGAAUUGCCGUACGAGACCAUCCCCAACUUUCCUCAGAGCACCGUUCAAGGUCAUGCAGGAAAGUUCAUCUUCGGUGUCAUCGGCGAGCAGAAGAUGCCAGUGGCGCUUCUUGUAGGACGAGCACACUUCUACGAGGGCCAUACAAUGGACCUUGUCACUUUCGCGACACGUGUCUGCAAAGUGCUUGGAGUGGAGACUAUCAUCGUCACCAAUGCUGCCGGUGGUUUGAACGAGAAUUACAGAGUUGGAGAUAUCGUCUGCUUGAACGAUCAUCUGAACUUGGCCGGCUUUGUUGGUAUCCACCCACUGCGCGGCCCCAACAUUGAGGAGUUUGGCGUCCGCUUCCCGCCCAUGUCGGAUGCGUACGAUCUCGAUCUAAGGAGGCGAGUCCACAAAGCAUGGGUGAAGCUGGGACUGGACCAGCAGAAGCGACGGAUACACGAAGGCGUGUACGCAUUUCUCGCAGGGCCAAGCUAUGAAACUAGAGCUGAAUGCAGAAUGCUUCGUAUGCUGGGGGCGGACGUGGUUGGCAUGUCCACCGUUCCGGAGAUAGUCGUCGCCCGCCACGCCGGGAUCCGGGUGCUGGCCUUUAGCUUGGUGACGAAUAUGGCCGUCCUCGAACCGGGGGCUCGUGGUAAUGAUUCGAUCAUACAAGCGAUGAACAAGUCGGAGCUCGACCAGUACCUGGGGAAGGGUAAAGCCAACCACGAAGAGGUGCUGGAGGCGGGCAGGGAGGCCGCGAAGGACAUGCAGGCCUUGGUAAAGCAGAUACUCUCUGACUUGCAUGAGGACUAGUGGGCCUAGACGGCUUCGCAGAGGACGAGGUUACACCGGGAGCCCCAUCCUGGAAGCGCUAUUCGUACCCGGGGCUCGAAAAGUCGGUCGAUGACAGCCAGUAAUUCCGCUAUUCCCUUCUUAGGGUAUGUAGAUUUAGCAUCCGGAUAAUAGACGCAUCAAGCCUUGGAUAGUAGUGCUGUGUCCGCGAACCUCCAGCAUCAUGGGUUGACGGCCUUGCCUUUUCGGCGC